AUGCGGGCCAUGCGUCGUGGUGUCUUUGUCUUAGCUGUUCUGGCUCUGGGUUGGCUGAACAGAUGCUGGGUAUCACCCAGCCGCAACCGCAGCCUGGUGCAACGUGGGGCAGCACCAGCCCUGACAGACCGAACUGUAGAGGAUCUUCGGUGGUCUUUGUUGCGGAUGGCUGCUGCCUUGGACCGUGGACAGGCCUACAAUCCCACCAGCGGAGAGUACUAUGCGGAACGCAUGGCAGUGGCACGUGAGUUGCUAGAUGAGUUGCUACAACGGCCAUCGAAGAAUUUCACCAUGCAAGAUUUGGAUGGCGAGUGGGAGCUGGUAUUUUCCACCGUGAAACACGGCAUUUUUCGCUCCUCGCCUUUUUUUCUGGCCGUGCAGGAGGCCUUUGGCAACCAGGAAAGUUCGGAGCUGUUCUUCAAGCUCCACGAAUUGCAGGUGAUGUCUUGGGGCGCCUCUAAAGUGGGACGUGUGGCGCAAUACAUCAAUAGCACUGAGGGAUUGCUUUACAGUGAAUUUGACACUUCUCUGCUGUCCAUGACGGUGAUCCCCAUCGUUGGCUUCUGGAAGCUGCUGCCAACCAUUGGAGGCUGCGUGGUCACGGUGUCCAACAUCACCCUGGUGGAGAACACCAUCAACAUGGAGGUGCAAUACACCAAGGCCAAGGAGGUGCCUGGACUGCCGCCCCUGUCAGAUUUCGUUAUGGACAAGGAGGUUCCGGUGAAUUCUGUCUGGAAGAUGCUCCCCUGGAAUGGUGGGCGCCCACCCACCUGCAGCGUUGAGAUUAAGUACCUGGACGAUGAGAUGCGAAUUGUGGCAGAUCGCGAUGGCGAACUGUUCGUCUACAUGCGCCCAGUGGACCCGCGUCUAAAGCAUCCGAAUUUGGGUCCCCAGGAACGGCUCUUCAUCCGCCUGCUGCCCUUUGCUGGGCUCGUGCCCAAGCACACCGUGCUGAAGGAUCGUUGGGCAAAGCGUUGCGCCGAUCCCAACUGGCCCAGGAGAAAGAUCACGGAUGUGAAGAAGGUGGCUCUGAAAGGCAAAGAGACGCCAAAGCGCCAAGCUUCUCGUGGUCGUGCUGCCGCGAACAAGAAGCGUCGUGUGGCAUGA